GAGAACUUCAUCACUUCUGCAACUAGCUUUCCUUUCACCUUACAUUAUGGAACCUCGAUUUUUUUGGGCUAUUUUUAUGGCUUUCACUUCCAGUGUUUUCCAUGGAAGCACCGCAAACGCUCAUGCACCACCACACCAGGCGAUACUCGGUUGCAAUGAACCUACAACCGGACAUAAUGAGCUAUACAUACCAGACUAUAACAAUCCGGUACCUGGAAAGCUAGCUUUCAGUAUGGAUGAAAGGGUCAACUACUUCGAGAAACACAACAAUGGGGCAAAGCAUGGCAGCAUUCGACGCUCGUCCUGCCCCGCAAUCAACACACUCGCAAACAGAGGUUUUAUUGCUCGUUCAGGAAGAAACAUAAGUUACGAAGAGAUCGCACAAGCAUCACGAGACGUCUUUAAUUUCGGGGAUGACAAUAUCAUAAUUGUUCUGAGCGCUGCAUUUGCUUACCACCCAGGUUUGGAUAGACUUGAUCUUGAUAUGCUGGCAGAUGAAGCUGUCCACCACCGCAUUAAUUGCCCUGCAAGCCCAACACGCAACGAUCGAGAGCUGGGUGACAAUGUCAAUAUGAACAUGACUCUCCUUGAAUCUUUGCUGGGGUUUUCGAAAGACGGGGAAACCCUUACCCUGGAAGAUCUCGCUGAGCAUCAUCAUUUGCGCCAUAACCAAAGUUUAGCAGAGAAUCCUCAUUUCCGUUUUGGUAAUCUCGAUGCCGCGUGCGCACUAGCCCAAUAUGCGAAUUUAGUAGGAAUGCUGGGCAAAAUUGGGAAGAACGGUCUUCUCACACUUUUUGUUGAAGAUGUUCGACAAUUCUACGUAGACGAGGAUCUACCCAUUGGCUAUGGACGAAGGCAACUGCCAUACUACUCCAUCGAAUCAAAUCAAUACAUUGAUCGUAUGGCUCAUCACAUUGGCUUCCAGAUAGUCCGACCAUGGCCGGUCGACGACCAGGAUGGAAGGGAUGUGGAGCCUGUCUUUGCGAAGUUCAACUAGUAGAUAGAUAAAUGUUCCCACAAAAUUGACUGCUCUAACCACAAGUCUUCCGCUUAUACAAAUCGAAGCAAUGAAUUGCCUGGGUUUCUGUGCCUCAAAUGUGGCAAGAUUUGAUUUAGCGUUGCAACCAUAAUGUCUGUUGGUGCGUCGGCUAGGAAAGGCUUCGUAACCAGCCUGCUUUGUCUUGAGAUGAUGCUUGCUGUGCUGCUGUCAUCAUGAGCGAGCAUAGGGGAAAGCAUAUCCGAUCUAGUGAAUUUGCUCGACUAAGCAUGUUUGAAGAAGUUCUUGCAGAACCGAUGGUAUGUUCAACGGUUGGCGAAGAGCGCGAGAUGUGCAUGCAGGAGGAUUCGACAUGGGUAUUCUCGGAUAUGAAAGCCUGCUCGAAAUCCACCAGUCAGCAAUGAAAUAAGGUCAGGCCGGGAAUGUGCUGGGAAUCCAUGAAGAUGUCCGAUCAGCGUUACA